UAAUGCGAAAUUAUUUUGUUUCUUUUCAGAUUACGUACGCUGAGUAAAGGCAAUUACAUACACUAAUUAAGACAGAUUACAUACUAAUUAUAGACUACAUACACACAUUGAUUACAGAAGGUUACACACACAUUAUUACUUUCAGGAGAUUACACAGCCGCUAAUUACAGAUUACAUACAUGUACACUAAUUACAGAUUGCACACAUACACUAAUUACAGAUUACACACACACUAAUUACAGACUUUAUACAACACUAAUUACAGGAGAUUAAACACACUCUAAUUACAGAUUACAUGCAACACUAAUUACAGAUAACAUACAUGUACACUAUUUACAGAUUACACACACACACACAAUAAUUACAGGAUAUUACAUACACACACUAAUUACAGGAGAUUACAUACAACACUAAUUACACUAAUUACAGGAGAUUACACAUACACUAAUUACAGGAGACUGCAUACACUACUUACAGGAGAUUACACAUACACUAAUUACAGGAGACUGCAUACACUAAUUACAGGAGAUAACAAACACUAAUUACCAAACACCUGAUUCGGUUAUCAUUUAGUUGAUGAAUUGAAGAAGUCAAAAUGUCUGAUGGUAUUACUCCACACAGAUUAACAAGAGGAGAGAAGGCAAAAAUAGCAGCCAAACUUCGUCGGGAUAAAGAGGCCGUAGAAAUGUCAAAUUUGAUUAGCGAAAUACCAGUUGUACCAGAGAAACUAGAGAAGUUAGAUAAAUGUUCAAUGAUCCAGGUUGCCAGUUCUUACAUUAGAUUAAAAGACUACUUGAAGAAAGAUAUGAUGAGAUUAAAUGGAAGAAGUGAUGAAGUUUUAUAUUCAAGUGAAAAUGAAUAUGAUGAAGGGAAAACUUCCUCCUGUGUUCUUCCACCAGGUCUGUUUGAAGGAAAUUUGAUGCUGGAUGCUCUGGGUGGGUUCCUGAUAUUUGUCAGUAAAUCAGGGAACAUAUUGUUUGUAUCAGAGCAAGUAGAGGAAUAUCUUGGUUAUUCACAGGUUGAAAUGAUCGGAAGACCGAUAGAAACUUUCAUACAUCAGAAUGAUUUACAUGAAAUAAAAAUAAACAUGAAAAUAAAGAAGGGUGGUAAUCUACAUACAUUAGAGGGAGGACAUAUUAACAAGGAUGAGAUAUUAAACUCCUCACACUGUCGUUCAUUGUAUAUCCGUAUGAAAACACAUUUAAACGUAGCCAGAUCUCCAGUUAAAAAAUCAGGAACUAUGCUGACACAGUGGAUAGGCCAGAUUAAAGUUCGUCCAUCAAAGAAACCAAAAGGUUACAGUGUAGAUGGGAUCGUGUGUAUUUGUCAUCCAGUUCAAUCGGACGCUAUUUUAGAAAUACGACUGGAAGGAAAUAUGUUUAUGAGUCGACAUGAUUUAGGAAUGAAAUUUUUAUUCUGUGAACAAAGAAUAAUCCGCUUAAUUGGCUAUAGACCAGAUGAUUUAAUUGGUAGAACAGCGUAUCAAUUUCAUAAUCCACUCGAUACACCCAAUAUCAGCAACUGUCACUCUAACUUAAUCGUGAAGGGUGCUUCAACGAGUAAAUUCUACAGGUUUAUGGGUAAAAAUGGUGAUUGGAUAUGGCUGCAGACGCGAGCGACGAUUAUAAAAAGUACGACAAAUGAAGCCCAGUAUAUUGUGUGUAUGAAUUAUGUAAUCAGUCAAGAAGAAGGUGAAAAGUGGCUGAAAAUGGAACAAGAGCAGUUUGGAUUCACUGAUCCAAAUGUCCGUGGAUGCCUUAUCUUUGAUAGUAAUGAUCAGGUUCAAGGGUCUUGUAGUGAAACUAUUGAACUUUCUGACCCUGUCGUUAUGGAUACGGAUGUAGAGAAAGAUGAGAUAAAUAUGGAACCAGACACAAAUUUCUUAAACAUUAAUUUUGAUAUCAACAGUACAGAAGAAUUAUUACUCGACAACGCUGGUAUCGCCACGUCGCCUGUCACCAUGUCACAAAGUGCAGAUCCGUUUCUGUGUUCGACGAGUACGUCCUCCAAUAAUCCAGUGCCGAUUCAAUCUCCGUUACACGUCGGCGCAGCUGAUAAUGUUGUUCAUUUUAAUCAACCACCCGAUGAAAUGGAUAUUCUAGAUGACAUUCUGGAAAAUAUCCAACACUUCCCAUCAGAAACUCAAUCCAAAACGAUCUCCACGUCUUUACAGACGCUACAAAAUCUACCGUUACCAUGUCAACUAGGCUUCGAGGACCACGAAGAAGCAGAAGUGUCUGUGCCACAAUGUGAUUCCCAAAACAACACUAACUCUUGCUCACUUUUAAGUUUGAAUGCUUCCCAGGAGCGUCUCUCUUCUCAAAUGGACGAUAAAGCAAAGGAUCUUGGUUCAACAGACAACUCCUAUGUUCCUUCGCUAUGCCCCGGAAAUAAUAAUAAUAAUAAUGCCAAUCCAUUAAUUCGUCACUCCUGUCAACUUGAUCUGACAUCCCCCUACUCUUGCCUAUCCAGUUCCUCUGGAUCAUUAUUACGAUCGUUACUUUAUCGCGAUAGAUCUCCGCCUCGUAUCCCCAAACAACCAGUUUCUUCCCGUUCCCCAGAAUCCAUUCCUAAAUCACCUUCUGCUCAAAACCUCUCAUCCAGCUUUUAUACGACCUCGAGCUCGUCAGACAAAUCGCCAUCUUCUUGUAAAAGUUUGCUGAGUGCCGUUCUGUCCGGAAAUGCCACGCUAAAUAUUCCAACAUGUCAGAAAAACUUACCGCAAAAUAAUUCAAGCCAUGUUCAGAAGAUCGCUCCGACAAAUGUUGAAAACCGGACUUUCAUCAGAAAGUAUUCAUCGUUGACGAACGUUCCUCAGUCAACCAAUGAAAUGAUUAUGAAUUCAUCGUGUAUACGUGGUCAUACCUGUCAUUCUGGAAACUCGCAUAAAACUGGAGUUAGUCAUUCCACUGGCGUCAAUUUUAAUUCAGCUGUUAAAAAUCCACCAAAUAUCAGCUGGCAAGGAUUAAAAAGCAGUCACCUUAAUGCGAAACCCCUAGAAUCUUCUAAUUAUGUGGGUGAACGCUAUGAUAUCCCAACAUGCUCAGGAAAACGCCGACGAUGUUCUCAGGAUAGCGUUGCGGCUAGUGAUCUAUUUGGUGCGUUGAGUGAUCUACCUGACGAUUUACUGGAUGUUGCUAUGCAGUAUUAUGAUAACCUUGGAGACGAUCAAACGCAGGCACUGCUGGAAGAAUUUGGACAGGAUAUCUGGGCGAAUACGGACGACUUAUGUACCGUUACGACAGAAACUCAGGUUUCUCCAACUUCAACAAACAAAAAACAAACAAAUUUUGGAUCCAGUAAUACAAGACAGAUCUUGUCGCAAUCGGCCAAUCAACCUUCUUCGAUCAAGGUUCUUAAUGAUUUAAAUUCUAGUGAUUCCACAACCUUAAGGCAAGAAAAUGGAUUUAAUUUUUUCUCUCCAAAUCGUGAUUUAUCAGUGUCUAGAAAAUGUCUUAAACCAGGAUGUGAUAAAACUGUUGAUAAUAGUAAUAAUAAUAACACCAAUUAUCAACGAUUCGGUGGAUGUUGUAAUCGUGAUGCGUAUCGUAAUAAAAUUGUUCAAGAUGGACUCCAAUCUCCGACUGUUUCUAGUACGCAAGCCAAUAAAAACAUUUCAAAUGAUUUAGAAACUUUGAGUGGGUCGUCGUCGUCGGAGUGUAAUACAGUUGUGAACGACGGGACCGAAGAUAGUGUGUACAGUCAAAGUAGUUCGAGUCCGAAGUCAUGUCAAUCUAUCGGUGUUCAAACGGCUUACACGAACACAGACACUGUCGACAAUAAACUACGCCCAAAAAACGCGUCUGAUACAGCAAACAAGUCCAAAACUACAUCCAAGAUGUCCGAGUUGGAAAAACAUUUACGAGGCUAUAAGUCUUUCAGUAUGAGUAAUAUAAUAAAUACGAAUCAAAGCACAACUUCCUGUUCCGAAUGUGAAAAUAUUGCGCGUUAUUCAAAGAUAACACCGUUCUUACAUAAACUGUUAACGGGAGAAAUUACUCAAGAUAUUUAUUAUCAAGUUGAUAAAUAUAUACUAGAAUCCGAGAAACAGCCAAAAUUAUGAUAAAAUGUAUUUUAGGCCAUACAAAAAACAUUAUCCUGCUUCCCAGACAAUCUCUACCAGAGAGAGAGAGAGAGAGCGAGAGAGAGAGAGAGAGUGAGAGAGAGAGAGGGGGAGAGAGAGAGAGAGCGAGAGAGAGAGAGAGAGAGAGAGAGGCGAGAGAGAGAGAGCGAGAGAGAGAGAGAGAGUGAGAGUGAGGUUUGACACGUCCACUGGACACAAACUAGGUUAUUUGGGGAAUAACAUAUGGUUCAAUUUUUAUUUCAAUAAUUCGUUUGCGCGUUGGGGUCUUUAGCAGUGGGAGGAACCGGCCAUCCAACCACGCCAUAUUGCCGCUGCCUGGGCAAAAUUUCCCUGAUAGCACACUGCAUGGCCCAUUCCCAAUUGGAGCAGAACAGUAGGAAGUUAAACCACAUUUCAUUUUUUGAAAUAAAAACAGGUUAUGCGUCCCUUUUGGAGUGAAGUGGGAUUACCGGAGAACCAUAAUAUUUUUUGUACAUGGCCUUAGAAUCAAACAUUGUUAAUAUUAAACAGUUUUAAUGUGUGAAUAUAUUACAUUGUAGUUACUAAUACAUCAUUGUAUGCAAUAGAGAGAGAAAGAGAGAGAGAGAAAUGGGGUUUAACGUCCACUCGACACAAACUAGGUCAUUUCGGGACUAAUACAUGGUCCAGUUUUAUUUCAAUAAUUCGCUUGCGCGUAGGGGUCUUUAGCAGAGGGAGGAAACCGGAGGUUGGACAGGCGACCCUACUCCUUGUCACGUACAACCGGUGAAUCGAAACAACGCCAGUUGACUCAAUGACAGACCUUAUGAUACAGUGCGCACGUGCUAACCAUUCGGUCAACCAACCCCCCAGUAUGCAAUAGCAGUGUAUGUCAAAGCAGUGUAUGCCAUAGCAUAGUGUGCCAUUUUUCUUUCAAAGAAUUAAAGUUUCUGAACAUCAUUUGAGCAAUUUUGAAUUCCUUGCAGACUACAAUAUUGUGAUAAGUUCAAUUUUAAAAGGAAUGUCAGACUUGUGAUAAGUUUAUUUGUAAAAGGAAUGUCAGACUUGUGAUAAGUUCAAGUUCAUUUCUAAAAGGAAUGUCAGAUUUGUGAUAAGUUCAUUUCUAAAAGGAAUGUCAGAUUUGUGAUAAGUUCAUUUGUAAAAGGAAUGUCGGACUUGUGAUAAGUUCAUUUCUAAAAGGAAUAUCGGACUUGUGAUAAGUUCAUUUCUAAAUGGAAUGUCAGAUUUGUGAUAAGUUCAUUUGUAAAAUGAAUGUCAGAUUUGUGAUAAGUUCAUUUCUAAAAGGAAUGUCAGACUUGUAAAAGGAAUGUCAGACUUGUGAUAAGUUCAUUUGUAAAAGGAAUGUCAGAUUUGUGAUAAAUGCAUUUAUCAAAGGAAUAUCAGACCAAAAAGUUUCAAUUCUGUAAAUAUGUUAUGAAUAUGAUGAUGUAAUUACUAAUGCAGUAUAGUAUGCCAUUUCUCUUUUAAAGACUUUGAACAUCAUCUGAGGGAUUUUAAAAGCUUGUAUACUACGAUAUGGUCAAAGAUGAAUUUCUAAAAGGUAUAUCAAGUUUCAAAUGUGUUCUGUAUUUUCAAAGAUUUAAUGAAUUCAGAAUUUGUCGAACAUUUAACAUUUACUGUAAGCAAUAUAUAAGAUUUAGACAAAGGCCACCGAUAUUUUUAGCAUAAGUCUUUUGAUGGGCCUCGUUGUAAUCUAAUUGAAUAGAGCUCUGUGGAUUAUCUCCCAUGGAUAUUUUGAUUGUGUUUUCUUUUAGAUAAUCGGUUUGAAUAUAUUUUAGCAUCGACUAAAUCGGGGAAAAUUUGAUAUGGAAUUUCCUAAAGUUUACAUUAAAAAUUAUUUAAAAAGCAAAUAUACAGUCUAGUGAAUGUAGAUCUCUUAUUGUUCACUGUACCACGGUAACUUUAGAAUAGUACGCAAAUACAAGUCACGAACCGAUCAUGACAUCACUGCAUUCAAGGCAGAUCUAGUUGGGGCCACACCUGGCACAUGCUUGUGACUAUGGCACCUGCUGACCACCACCCCCCCACCCCCCACACCCCCUAACCAUAGUCUCUGGAUCUGCCCUUGUCAUUAUUCAUCUUGUAAUUGUGAUGUAUCAAAAAUCGAAGACAGUCAAUCCAUGGGCAAUUGUCCAAAGAACAAGCGUGUCAAGCUGGUUAAGCGUUGAAGAAUGUAUGCACCAAUUUUAGGUUUAAAGCCAGUCGUUGAAAGAAAUGGCCAUACUUGUAUUUGUGCUGUAGGGUAUGAGAAUUGAAUGUUAUAGCCAGUAGCUGAAAGAAACGGACAUAUUUGUGCUGUAGGGUAUGAGAAUUGAAUGUUAAAGCCUGUAUAUGAAAUAAACGGUCAUAUUUGUGCUGUAGGGUAUGAUAUUUGAAUGUUAAAGCCCGUAUAUGAAAUAAACGGUUAUAUAUUGUGCUGUAGGUGUGAUAUUUGAAUGUUUUAACUGUGAAAUAUGUAAAAAAAACAAUCUGUUAUUAAAGAUAUAAAUUAAGAAUUAAGAGAACUCUGAAUGAUUUUUAUUCCCCACGAACAUUUGCUCAUACAACUGUUUAGAUAUAUAUAUAUAUGCGUGUGUAAUCAUCUCAAAAUGUGUGUUCAGAAAACAUUUUGACAUUAUUCUUGAUUGACUUUUAAAUGGUUUACAUCUUUGUUAUUUAAAGGGGUGCUACCAGAUGGUUUGCUCGGCUGAAACAGCCUUUUAAUAUUAUUUCUUUUUUAAUUAAAUAUCUAACUAAGAAUAAUACAAUCUGAUUAAAACACAGAUCCUAUUUCAUUUCUUUUUUUAUAGUUUAAAAUUUCGUUUUACUUGUCUUGAUUACACUAGGAUCUGGAAGAAUGUGAGGGAUUAGCCAAUGAAACGGUUCGUUGCACGGAACUGUGGGUAAUCCACUAGAAACAUCAAUGCUGAUUGAUUAAUCAAAUGUCUGACGAUAUAGGGUCAAAAAACGCUCGUAUGACCUCAGGUGCAACCUUCCAGAUCUUCAUGUAGUGUAGGCCAUUGAAGUAGGCUACAUGUAUAAAAAAACGAAACAAAAUAUAGAUCUGUAUUUUAAUUAGAUUGAGAAUAAAAAGAUCCAAAACUGGAACUUGCCCGGAGUUGAAAGAAAGGGAGAUAACAAAACAUUUGGUGGUAUCAUUACCCAUACAAUUUAGAAAUUGUUUGGAACCUUGAUAUUUGUUGAUGGAAGCAAAAACAGUCCUUUAUUAAAUCCAUCAGGAUCUGCAAAAUAUUCUUGCCAUUUUUAAGCUUUAAAUUUUACAAAUUACAUAUUUUGUCAUAUGAAAAAUUUAAGAAAUCCUUUAACUAUUUUGAUCUAGAUUUAUCCACAUCCAGGUGAUCAUAGAAUUGAAUCCACUGUGUUAAAUUAUUUGUGUUAAAAUUUGUGAUAUUAUAUUUAAGAUUACAAGUGUAACGGCUAAAUCUAAAAGUUAAGGCCAGCUCAAUUUUUGUCAAGGUCGCUGAGAUGUAAAUUAGGUUAGGGCACGUGAUUGUUGGCGAGACUGUAGGUUAGGUUUAGGAUAAGCAUUGGGUAUAGGUCCAGGGUUAGUGUUUGGGAGUAGCGCUAGCCCUGUUUACAUCUCCUGACCUAUGACAAAAAGGGGAUCACGUGGCUAAGUGGGUAAGACGCUAGCUCGCUAGCCAGGAGGUCGGGUGUUCGAUCCCUGCAUUGGCCGAGAAAGUUCUUCCAGAUUUUCCGGCGUGGUUCUCCCUUGUCAGUGAUGCAGGACGAAGGGGCUGACAAGGAAAGCUGUCUAGUCAUUCGGGUGGGACGAAAAACCGAGGUCCCGUGUACACAUCGGCGUGCACGUAAAAGAUCCCUUGGCAGUUGGAAUUCGAUAUAAGAGUAGGCCGUAGUGCCGCUGUCCGGGCAAAAUUUCCCUCAUAGCACACUGUAUGGCGUAUGCCCGUCUUCAUUAGCCCAGGUUAGGAGCAGAACAGUAGGACGUUAAACUCCAUUUCAUUUCUUUUCAUUUCAUUUCUAUGACAAAAAAUUGAGCUGGCCUUAUCAUUUAGCACUAACCCCCUGUAACAUUUGUUAUAUUUUUCUUAUGUGAUUCCAUGAUGAAGAAAAUUGUGAACUUUAGAAAACAGAAAUAUUUCUAUGUAUGUGUACAUUGUGAUAAACCAAAUACUUAUUAUUGUAUAUACAGCUAUGCAUAUUUAUAUUUUGUGAUGACCAGCAAAGUUACCGAUUAUUUGUCAACAGUAUUAAACAUAAAUUAUGCAAGAGCUAAAUCUGCCUAUUGUAGGUCUUUCUUUAGGCCUGAAAUGUUAUGUUUAAUUAGACAUGUAUUAACAUAAGACCGUAAUCAACUCUCAAAUGCCAUCUUAUGUGUCAGAUUUUCACUGUAUUUGAAUCCGAUCCACGUCUCAAUGCUUAUUGAUGAUAAAAUCAAAAAAAUGGAUAAUUCAGACUUUGUUUUUUAUUGUACCGACCUUAGUAAUGAUGGUUCAGAGUUGAUCAAUUUGACUGAAAUUUCCAGCAUAUUCCCUUUACAUUAUCUAGAUUUUAACUAUUGUAGUGAGAACUGCCAGCUCUUUAUCUAAUCUUCCAUAAUGCCCCUUUUAAUUGAAAUUUCCAAGUUCCAUGUCAGCAGCAGUGUAGUAUCAGUUAGGCGUAAACAUAAGGGAUGGGAUGUUGAACCCAUUAUUUCUUUUUAUUUUAUUUAACAAAAGAUGGUGAAGCACACCAAGAAAACAUAUAAAAAAUUUGAGAACUUUAUUCUGAACGGAGUUGUCACUGUUGGAAGUUUGGACUAGAAAUAGGCAUCAACUGUUUCCGCACCAUCUCCGAGAAUUGCCGAUUGUUUGAUUGACAGACGGCAACUCCGCCCACAUAUUCUCGAUUAUCAAGUAACAUUGUCAAUGCGUACGGUACCCCCGAUUGUCAGUUCUUCCAUCUGCAGUCUCCGGGAGUGACGUGGGUGAUUAACGGUAAAUGUUAUCUUGGUCAGCCAUUUAAUCAUUUACAGAGUUGAUUUUGGGCUUGUCAUGUAAAUAAAGGUCUAAUUUAUAAUUUCUAUAACAUUUGAAGCCUAUAGAAAGACUUGCAAUAGGCAGAUUUAGCUCUUAACUAACUAAUGUAUCUUUUAAGUAUUGGAACAGGAUGUAUAAGCUUGCAGGUCAAGUCCCCCACCUACUACUUACCACCACCUCCUACCUACCACAAGACCCAGUUAACAUUGAGGGUUAGAUUUACGUAAAGUUUACGUCAUUAUGGUCAGAUUUUGCUUAGCGUCCAAUAACCAUCACAGGAUUACGAAAGUCUUCUAAUAGCUCUGCUUUCAACAUAUAACGUCACAUCAUGCGACGUCAAUCAUUGGCUUAAUGACCCGUGUAUUUUUUUUUCAUAAGACGUUACUGGUCCGGACGGAAUGCUGCUCUUUACUCAUUUUACUCAUUUUACAUACCAAUUUACACUAUGUUUACCUACCUAUACUUCAAACACCAUUAUUUAUUUGUCUAAUGGUAUAAUUUAAUUUGCAGAGGGAAAAAGUUAAUAUCGCGAGCUCAUUAAGCCGCAGACUUCAAACAUCAUUAUUUAUUUGUCUAAUGGUAUAAUUUAAUUUGCAGAGGGAAAAAAGUUAAUAUCGCGAGCUCAUUAAGCCGCAUCGAUGUCAUCCCUAUUAGUGACUGUAGCGGCGUAGCGGAUAUUCACUACUGACCAGUGUGUAUCAGGUAGUCGAAUUGUACUGUUGCAGAACAAUUUUAUUAUUAUUUUUAUUGUAGAAAAUGAUCGGUAAUUUAUGUCGGUCUAAAACUCGUUGUUAUGUAGUUUAUGAAUUUUUAUAGUCGAUAAAAGGAGUUACCAAAGUAAUAAAAAGACAUUAUAUAUAGGCCUACCGUAUUUGACAAAUUAACACAGGAACGGAUCCGGGGAUUUUAAAGGCGGGGCGUUGUCAGGUUCCUGUUAAGGAAGUUUGAGAAUUGACAAUGCAUGAUACCAUCAUACAUACAAAUUAAGCUUUUUUAAGGAGAGAAAUCCAACACCCCGUUUGACGUUGAUUUUUAUUAUGAAUUAAUAGGAUCAUAUUGUGAUUCAAUUUCCAUGAUGCGUUUAUUGUGGUAUCACAUUAUAUUAUUUUCUCACCCCCCCCCCCCAGAAAAACAGUUUGCUGGUCACGCUAUAAUAGUUCAAAAAUAGAUAAUAUAAAAUGAAUAUAUUGACAUUACUUUAUUCAGAGCGAAGAUCGUUGAUUAUCGUUGCAACAGUACUUGAUAACCGAGACUUCAUCUCCAUUGUCUUGUUUAUAGUUAAACUUUUAAACCUCGCAGAUGUUUAAAUCCAUUUAAAUCUCAGCCACCCGAUGGUCUGGAGAGUUGAUUAUAGGCUUGUUAUGUUAAUAAAUAGUUUAUAUAACAUUUGAAUUCUUACAUACUGCAUCAUUAAUAAAACAAUUACCCACUGCCUUGGCAGAAUCCAAUUAAUUAACAAGCUUCGGGAACUAGGCCACUUGUCAUCAAGAAUGUAACCUCUUCAUUGAUUGAGCUAAGCAAAAUACAUAAAAGCACUGAUUUAGCUAUCAGCCAAUCAACAGUCUGUGUUCGGUAAAAUAUUUGGUUUAAGCGCCUGUGAACAAAUCUCCCGGCUUCUAUAAUUUGAUUAGAAACAAAGUACAGCUAUUAUUAAAACUAUGUUCUAGCUUUUGUCUUCAGAAUUUUUUUUUAGUUUUUCAACUAUAGUUUUGUCUUCAGAACAAAUUAUGUCUUUGAAUAUCUUUAAUUUUUUGAUCUUCGAAAUGUGCUUUUGUCUUCAGAACAAAAUACAUCAUUGAAUAAAAAUACUUUUGAUUUUUGAAAUCUGUUUUUGUUUUCUUCAGAACAAAAUAUACCUUUGAAUAAUGGUAAAAUACUUUUGAUUUUUGGAAUGUUCUUUUGUCUUCAGAAUAAAAUAUAUUCUUUAAUAACAUUUUUUUUUUUUUUGAUUUUUGAAAUGUGUUCUUGUCUUCAGAACAACUUUCAAUAAUGAAAGAAAUAUUUUCCAUUUUUGAAAUGUUCUUUUGUCUUCAUAAUAAGAUAUAUACUUUAAUGAAAAUAUAUUUUUGAUUUUUGAAAUAUGCGUUUGUUUUCGUAACAAAAUAUAUAUCUAAUAAACUAUACUUGUUUUAUUAUUUUAUAACUGGUUUAUGAAAUAAACUUGUAGUUCUGUUAUUAAUGACUAUUUAUGGCAGGUUUAUAAAAUAAACUUGUAGUUUUGUUAAAUAUGACUAUAUUUUAUUGCGGGAAUAUUAUUCUAUUACUACACUGGUUUGUUAUAUCAGGAGAAUAUUAUUCUAUAACUACACUGGUUUGUUAUAUCAGGAGAAUAUUAUUCUAUGACUACAGUGGUUUAUUAGAUAAACUUGUAUUUUUAUUGUUUAUAAAAUAAACUUGUAGUUUUUUUGUAUAUUGCUGAGUAUUAUUUGUAGAGUAUUUUGUAAGUAUAACUAAUACCCUGUGUUAUUGUGUUUAAAGUGUUCAUGUCUUGUUAUUUACCAGAAGUAAAAUAUCUCUAAUAGAAACAUA